AUGGCGUCCUCGAGUCCUCGUCAGGCAGUCAGGCGCGCGCGGGAGCUGGGCGGCGCCAUGGCGGAGGGCUUAGCAGGCCAGGCGAGGCCGCGGCAGACGGAGGAUCCCGACGGCGAGCCCCGCUGUGCGUGCGUGCCCACGAGACGUUCCGGGAGGCGGCCGGCGCCCUACAACCGCGCCGCCACCCAGCCCCUCACUAACGGCCACCCCGGCCCUGGUAUCCAGCACCACGUGCUCCGCUCCUCCUCCUCCCAUUGUAGCUCCUCCACCCUCGCGACGAUCCGACUCCUGGGGCGCAGCGAGCGGUGCGGUGGCGAGCUCCUUGCCCACAUGGGAGCGGCACGGCCGGGAGGUGCGCCGCGGCGGGAUGCUUCGUGCCCACAGGGGAGCGGCGCGUCGUCCAGAUGGUGGAAGGAUUUACACUCAAAGACAUACCUUAGCUUCGCACGAGACAGAAUGGUGGAGAUACAUUUUUGGAUUCUCGGAACAAUUUAUGAGCCCUAUUACUCAUAUUCGCGGAUAGUGGUGACAAAGUUCACCCUGUUAGCGUCAUUGCUUGAUGACCUUUAUGACAACUAUUGUUGCACCACAGAGGAGAGUACUGUCUUCAACACAGCCAUAGAAAGGUGGGAUGAACAAACCACAGAGGAGUUCCCAGCACAUCUGAAGCCACUCCUCAUCGGCAUACUUGACACUACAAAUAAGAUUGAGGAGGAGUUAAAACUUCAGAAAAACAGGCAUGCUGAAGUUGUCAAAAAACUAGUGAUCUGCACUGCCAAAUUCUACCAUGCUGAGGUGAAUUGGCGCGAUGAACACUAUGUACCAGCUACUGUUGAUGAGCACCUCGAAAAAUCCAUGCGUAGUAGUGUCUGUAUGCAAAUAAUAAUUGGUGUGCUCAUUUCACUAAGAGAUUGUCGGGAGGAUGAUGUUAAUUGGGCAUUCACCUUUCCCAAACUUAUCAGAUGUGUUUCUGUUGUGGGGCGCGUUGGAAAUGACAUCGUGUCACAUGAGCGGGAACAAGCUUCGGAGCAUGUGGUAUCCACGGUGCAAACUUGCAUGAAGCAAUAUGGGAUAACAGCAGAGCAAGCCAACGAAAAGCUUAGAGUCAUAAUCGAAGAAGCAUGGAUGGACAUCGUCCAGGAAUACCUCGACCAGAAGCAACCUAGGGAGUUUCUUGAGAAGUCGGUCGAUGUUGCACGAACAAUGGAUUUCUUUUACAAGCGUGAUGAUGCGUACACCUUGCCGCUCAGCAUCAAGGACACUAUAACUUUGAUGUAUGUGAAUCCGUGUGAGCUGUAGCUAUGGUAUAUAUGGUUUAUACUUUGGUACAGCUUGAUGAUCCAGCGUCAAGUAGUGUCGGCAUACUGCAUGCCAACCAGCUAAGAUAAGAUACGGUGUACAUUACAUGGCUGUCAUGAUCCUUAAACUUGUAACUUUGGGUUGUUUAAUUUUAUC